AUGGCGCCUAAGAAUAACCCCUUUGAGAUUCCUGAGGGUUGGGUGUUGGAUACAAGGCUCAAGAGGGAUGGGACUGAGAUCAAGGGAUUCUUCUGUCAUGCAACAGGUCAAGAAUUUUACACAUAUGAUGCGCUGAUGCACCAUAUCAGCUAUGCAAUUCCUGCACAAGUUUCUAUCUUUUCACCGGAUUUCCAAGCCAACAAGCCACAGAAAGAAGCUAGCUCAAAGGCCGGGACGAAUUCCUCAUCAGGCCAGAGCUCAAAUUCACUGGUGACUGAACAGGGCGAGAAAAGCAUUGAUCCUGCAUGCUCAAUUCAAAAGCCAGAUCCAAAGUCCAGCACUUCAAAGGCCAAGAAGAAGCAGCAGCGAAAACGAAAGUGA